AGCGCACAACAGUAGUAUCGCCCUCGCGCGAAGUGUACUGACAUUCCAUGCACGUAGCAAGAGGGAAGAAAGUGCUGUUUACUAGGCCUAGGCAGACCACACUACAAAAUAACCGAAGUACCAGAUCGUUGUCUUCUUGUGUAUGCACCAUUUCUUCUGUCGGAGACAUUGAGGGGAAACCUUGAACAGCCUUUUGCAAGUCAACAUGCCACAAAAACAUUGCACGUACACACGACUUUACUUUACCAUGGAAGGCGAAAACGUCGACAUCUUAGAGCUUCUUGCGGAGCAGUCGGACAGUGAUCCACCACCACAAGCUACUCAACCAGACCCGGAGCCGACACCAUCGGGCGGCAAUGGCAACACCCAAACCUCUAGCCAUGCCCAAAUCUCGUGGCAAGAGAGGCAGGGAAUGUUCCAAUGCCUCACACGAGAAGAGUUUUCUACAGUUCAGAACCAGCUUACAGCAAUGGCUGACGCCCUGGAUAACAUCCAAACGGCUGUACUCACUUCUCUCUCUGAUCGACCUGCAAAGAAACAAAAGAUAGAAGAAAGCAGCUCUUCCGGGGAGGACUCCGUCGAAAUCGACAAAGCAGUAAGUGAAUUGCUACAGUAAGGGGAAGGAGAAGAAGCGACUGGAGAGGUCUUACAACGCUUCGAACAGCUGUACGCCGAUCAGGAUUCCGGCACUGCCGUGGGCGAAAAACUGGCCUCAGUCGUCAGCAAAAUGCUGCAACACAAGGCUGCCGACGAAAAGAUCGGCAUGAAACUUGAGGACUACAAACGUCCUGCAAACAUUCCACAAUUGGAAUGCACAUGAGUAAACCCUGAAAUAUGGGCGUCACUCAAGUCCAAACUCGAUCAACAGACAUCAAGUUCCAAAAGGUACAGCAGGCUCUUCUUAAGGCCACAGUGCCCACAGUCUCCUGCAUCGAAUCUCAAUGAGUACAUGUACCAAAGAUGCCGAUGCCAAAGCACGCAUCACACAAUUGCUAGACGCGGUAGCCAUUAUUGGCCACGCAAUUUAUGAGUUAAAUCUCCGAUACAGAGAACUCAUAA